AUGAAGCCUCGAUCACUAUUCGCAGCAUGCUCCCUGGCUGGAUUAGCUAUGGGCCAAUGUGGCUCCGAAAAGCCUGCGCCCGAGGCUCUUGUUGCAGCACGUAGGCUCCAUGCUGAGCAUGAAGCGGCCCAGAACGCCGGCUUGAGCAAGCGAGCUGAUGACGGUUUGCUAAUUUCGACAUACCUUCACGUCGUUGAAACGCAGGCCGAGGCAGGCUAUGUCACCGAUGCGAUGCUGGAGGACCAAAUGAGAGUGCUGAACGAGACCUUUUUGCCACACAAGAUCCAAUUUGUCGUCAAGAAUGUUACCCAUACUGUCAAUGACAAGUGGGCCGCCACAACUAGGUUGAGAGAGAAGGAUCUGGCCCUUCGCCAGGGGGGUUACGAUGAGUUGAAUAUUUACUUCGAGACCGGUCUGAUGAGGAACGGAUCUGCAACAGGCAUCUGCGGCUUCCCUGUGGAGGAUCCCCUCAACGAUGGCAUCAAUGGCACUUCUUGGUCCAUCUACGAUGGAUGCCACGUUAGCCCUGGUACGAUGCCUGGCGGCAGUGGCACCUACUUUAAUCCGCACGAUAACAAGGGCAAGACAGCCACGCAUGAGGUCGGGCACUGGUUCGGCCUCUUUCAUACAUUUGAAGGGUUUUCGUGCGCGGGUGAAGGCGACUUUAUCGACGACACGCCCUUUCAGAUCACCGCCACUGUCGGCUGCCCCGACUCUCUCGACACCUGCCCAGACCAGCCGGGUUUGGACCCUAUCCACAACUACAUGGACUAUAGCAGCCAUGAUUGGAUUACGCCUAUGGAUGCCACGCGGGACGGCGAUGUGCCGUCAAACAACUUCUUGGAAAGGCUAUGUAUGGCGUUUAUCUCCCUUCCUCCUGGUCAGUACAGUGGUCAGUACAGUGGACUGCAAUGGGAGUUGAGAAAACCGGCUGCAGAACCCGAGGAGCAUGAAGAGUAUGAAGGAACCGAAGAGGCCAAAGCGCACGAGGAGCCAGAAUCUCUGCCAAACGACGACAGCCCCAACGAAUGCGCACAAGAAAAUGAGGAUAGCAAACGACACGAGUCGGAACUGGACGCGCUGCGAAAUCCCUGGAACGAAGCAUACACCAGAAACCUGAACGAGUCCCGCUUCUGUGCACUUCCACCCGAGCUUAUCCGAAGGGUUGCUCUCCAUAUGACGCCCAGCUCAAUCUAUUUCUUUCGCCAAACUUGCCGUCUCUUUCUCUCGCAUGUUGAAGAAAGGACGUUCCGUAACUCCAUUAGAAGCGUCCACUCCGACCAACAGGGUAGCAUCUGGCACAGAUUGUGGCUGAACAUUCCUCGAUACGAGACAGUGUCGGAGGAGACGCAAAUCCGGGAUAUCACCCAGCGCAUGCUUCUGUGCAAACCAUGUCGGGAUUUCAGGACUUCGGGGGAAAGAGACCUCGUGCGAGGGAAUUUUCAACGGACAAAGUUGUACUGCCACGGGUGUCAAAAGGAGCACCCCAGGAUAUUCUUUUCAAAGGAACAAAGGGAGCACAGUAGCCCGCAAUGCUUGGGCAGAGAAGGCGUUGUUCGCCUCUGCACACAUUUGGCGGUAUCCUGGCACGAUCUUGAAAUGCAUCACAGAUAUGACGAUCCAAAGGUGUUCCAAUGCACUGAUAAGUCGCACCACCUCAGCCCCAGGCAGCAGACCGAGGUAGGACAGAUCUCGUCAGACUGGGCCGAAAACAAAUACUUCCCCACCAUCGCAGCGACUUUCAGAGGCAACAAGGGACGGCAGCACAGUCCCCGGGACGUUCAUCUGAGCUGGCAAGUCAUUCCAUUUGAAUUGCCCCUCAUCCCCAAGUUCCCCACAAGUCUACACGCAUUUCACCGAAAGGUUCAAGAGUCAAUGGGGGCCUCGACAGUCUCGCUCUGCCCCCACAAGACCUAUGAGGACACCUCUAUGCUAUGUGCAUUCGACCCGAAUCACUGCCACCUCGAAGCUCAUGAGUGCCGGAAUCCCCUGGAGGUGCUUCCAGUUGCCAACCCAUGCAACGGAGACAGGUGCUGGACCAUACAGCAUCGCACUCAAGUCCAGCAUCGCUCGAUCUGUCGCGAUUGUAUGACCGAGUAUUCUUGGUCACGGCAAGGCGAACAGAUCAAGCUGCGAAGGACCUCGGACUUCACUGCCAAGACGCCAUUGGAUCCAGAAUGGCUGUGUCUCUUGGACCCAGGCUCGAUCGACUUUCAAGACCCGGAGACGGAGCAUUUUCUGUGGUGCCGCGACGGCGAUUGCGCCAUCUCGAAGAGGGACAAGACCUGGCUAAGAGCGCUCACCGACACGGUCGACAAGGAGCACGAGCUUCGCGAACCCUAUCUUGACCGCCUCUAUUCCACUUUCUACCAGACGCUGCGUCUCUCGCGGCAGAAGCAUGAUGCAUCGGGUAAACUCGUCUUCAAGUCGUCGACAAGUAUAGGUGAUAUCGAGUACUCAUAA